GACUGGUUGCUCGGGACACUCUUGGUCAGGACGCGCAACCGGCACUAUACGCUUGUAGCCGAUUCACUGUGAUUCCACGAGCCGUUCGGUCGCGUAUCUAUACGUUAUCGGAACCUUUUCGCUGCACUUCCCAACCUCGGCAACCAUGAAACACGCCUGCGUCGCCACUAGCCUGGUGGUGCUGAUACUCGCACUCUCCGUCCGCGCCCAAAACGUCGACCUGCUGCUGCGGAAUAAGAUCCUCGUCACCCGGGAGAUCAGCUGCGUCCUCGGACGCAUGCCCUGCGACAUCAUCGGCAAGCAAAUCACAGGUUUGCUACCGGAGGCUUUGAACAAUAACUGCCGUCGGUGCACCAGGGAAGAGGCAUCCAACGCCAAGAAGCUCAUAGCCUUCAUGAAGAAGAACCGUCCGAACGACUGGAUCACGAUCGUCCAGAUGUACGGCAAACCAAAAGCCGUCUAGUGGACAUACGUGGCGCGCGCUCCUCUUGGAAAUAAUCGCUUUCACGAUUUUGGAUUUGGAAAUUUCGCUUUCCGUGCAAUUUCUAUCGCAGUUCACCAGCUGAUGACUAAAUGACCUUAAUGUUAUACUAUAUUAUGUUUUUUUGAUCUUUAUAUUAUAAUAACGACGUGUACUAUCGUUGACUUUCGUAGGAUUGCGCUGAACGUCAAUGUUUGGUUCGCAGGCGAAUUCGAAAAAUUGCUUCGAUACGUGCGUGUGUAGAGAGCUUUCAAAAAGUGUCGAUACUCGCGUUAACUAUAGAUAUUAAUUACUGAAAUGUUGAACAUUUUGUUGUGUUUGAUGAUUUGCGUAUUCGAUUAUACAUAUAAACACAACGCAAACUAUGGAUGAGACACGCGCAACGGAAUUUGUAGCUGCGAAAGUCUAAGCGAAACACCGAAUUUCAUAACGCACAACUCUUGUCCUUGACUCUAUGGUAAACAUUACACGCGCGCAGCUAUGUAUAUAUAUAGAGAGAAUAAGUGAGAGAAAGAGAGAGUGUUUAAGAACUUGAGUCAAGUGUACGAACGCCGCUAAUUAAAUUAUUCUUAUCUGUAAUAGCCAGUCGUUAAUUUCUCAUUAAUUGUUGUUAUACUGAAUAAGUGGCGAGUACGUUGUUGCUUAUCGUUUUGUACCACGUGCUAAUAAAGUUUUCAUUAAAAUCCAA